GACCUACUAAGCCAUCUCCCCUUUCUGGUGGAGAAGCUGCUGCUGUCACCCCGGAUCAGGGUCCCGUGUCCUUGGAGGAUGUGGCUGUGUACUUCACGGAAGAGGAGCGGGCUCUGCUGGAUCCUGACCAGAGAGCUCUGCAUAAGGAAGUCAUGGAGGAGAUUUGUGGGACUCAGUCCUGUCUUGAUGGCGACGAGUCGAAAGCCAAGAAAAUGGGAGAAUUAUGUGGGAAAGGGACACGGGAGAGAUGUAAAAAGAGAGAAGAGCAGGGAAGGAAAACUGAAGUGGAAGAGAACAGGAGGAAUAAAUCUUCUGCUUGUCAGGGCAGUGACUAUCAUAAAAUUGCAGUCCAAGAAAAAAACAGAUGAAGGAAACAAAGGAAGUAGCUGUUUUACCUAUUGGAAAAGUCUCAAUUCUAAAAGCAGAUGCAAACCCCACUGCAAAAAACACAAAGGGGAGAAACCAUAUCAAUGUUUGGAAUGCAGAAAGCACUUCAGUAGAAAUUUUUCUCUCACUUCCCAUCAAAGAGUUCAUACUGGGGAGAAACCAUAUCAGUGCUUAGAACGUGGAAAGAGCUUCAGUCAGAAGAUAUAUCUCAUUGAUCAUCAAAGAAUUCACACCGGGGAGAAACCAUAUCAAUGUUUGGAAUGCGGAAAGCACUUCAGUAGAAAUUUUUCUUUCACUUCCCAUCAAAGAGUUCAUACUGGGGAGAAACCACACAAGUGCUUAGGAUGCGGGAAAAGUUUUAGUUACAAGGAAACUCUCACUGCCCAUCAAGGAAUUCACACCGGGGAGAAUCCAUAUAAGUGCUUAAAAUGUGGAGAAAGCUUCGGGUACAAGAACUUUCUUAACCUCCAUCAAAGAAUUCACACUGGGGAGAAACGAUAUCAAUCAUGUGGAAAGAGCUUCAGUAGAAAUUCCUUUCUCAGUUCCCAUCAAAGAAUUCAUACUGGGGAGAAACCAUAG